GUCCCCUCCCUUUGCACUUCACGUUUGCUCUAAUGGGACAGAUACUCCGUUGCUAACAUAUUAAAGUCACCAGAAGGUGAUGCCAAGGUAGAAUGCGUGGCUCAUCCUCAGUCCGUAGGCUCCCAGUGCUCUCCUCCACACUUGCCCUGUGCAGAUCUCAUCCUCGUGAAGCUUGCUUGAAUUGCCUGUGUUCGUGUGAUCGCAAGCGCAUGAUGGCUGCGUUCAAGGGGAUCUGGACCAAGAGUUUCUGGAGGGCGGUCUCUGGGGAGUUCCUGGCGACGAUGAUCUUCGUUCUUCUCGGCCUGGGCUCCACCAUAGGCUGGUCGGCGGGCGAAGAGAAGCCACCGCCCGCUGAUCUGGUGCUGAUCUCCCUCUGCUUCGGCCUGACCAUCGCCACCAUGGUCCAGUGCUUUGGCCACAUCAGCGGUGCUCACAUCAACCCCGCCGUGACUGCGGCCAUGGUCUGCGCCCGCAAACUCAGCAUCGCUAAGGCUGUCUUCUACCUGGCUGCCCAGUGCCUGGGGGCCACCGCUGGCGCCGGCAUCCUCUACCUGGCCACGCCCAGCAGUGUCAGAGGAGGCCUGGGCGUGACUACGGUCAACGCUGGCAUCUCAGUUGGCCAGGGCUUCCUGGUGGAGCUCCUGAUCACGUUCGAGCUGGUCUUCACCGUCUUCGCCACCUGCGACGCCAAGCGCACCGACCUCGGUGGCUCAGCCGGCCUGGCUAUCGGCUUUGCCGUGGCAAUCGGCCACAUGUUUGCGAUCCCUUACACUGGAGCCAGCAUGAACCCUGCACGCUCCUUUGGCCCCGCAAUCAUCACCUGGACCUGGAAAGACCAAUGGGUGUAUUGGGUCGGUCCCAUCCUCGGUGGGAUCAUGGCCGCUGGCCUGUACGAGUACCUGUACUGCCCCGACCCAGAAGUGAAACGCCGUUUUGGUGGAGUCUUCUCCAAAGACACCUCGGGGAAGUACAGGGAGGCCGAGGGCCUGGUGGAGAAGGUGCCAUCGGUCCACACCGUGGACCUGGAGAAGGGGGAGAAGAAGGAGGCCUUCAAGGACCCCACCAGUGACGUGCUGUCAUCGGUAUGACUACCAAGAGCACUGGAGAAGGAGACCAGCCUCUGAAGCUCUGCCUCUCAUCUCGUCCCUGCCUAAAAUCCGCCUCUUUCUCUCUCAGGUGGGGAGAGCCUAGCCAGGCAGACCUUGAUUGGUUGGCUCGCUUUACACAGUAGCAUGGAGACCGGCACAGUGGGAAAACCAGAAACCAGAAAGCAAAUGUGCCAUUCUGACCAGUGAAAUCGACAAGCAGCCAAGCAGCCUUCCAGAUGUCAUUUUCAACCCUCUUGAGUGCAGCAUUUUGUUGAAAUGCAUAUCAAAUUUGUUAUCAUAACAUCAUUACUUUAUGUACAGUGAAAUUAAAUGCAACAAUAUGGACCCAGUCCUAUUAAAAACAUUAUAGUCACUAAUGUAUGAGCAACCUAAGAACAUACUUAAAUUCUCUAAUAUUUAGUUCCUAUGCAAUGUUCAACACAAGAAAUCUUAAUGGCUACAGUGUAAAGUAUAGAUUCCAUGUCAUUACUAUCAGAGGGAAGUAUAGAUUCAUAUUGUGAAGAUGCAGUGUAGUUCUGUACUUUCCUCUAAAUCUCCUUUUCCAGUGCACAUCAAUUCCAUUUUUUAUAAAAGCCUGCUUCUCUUUAAUAGCAAUGUACUUUACUAAAGCAAUUUUGAUAUGAAAAUUUAGUACAUAAUCAGUUUUUGACAAUACGUAUACUUUUUUGCAGUUGUAAUUAUUGCAGCUAAACACUUAUUGGUAUGUUUACCCUGUAAAUAUUGUUGUUCUUUAAAAAAGGCACAUGGUCUGUGUUGAUGCAUUGUUUGGCUUCCUACCUUUCAUAUUCAACAUUGCUAGACUUUAAAUCAAGUCAAAUCGAGUUUGGCUGCUCUACCACAAACCUGUAACGGAUAAAUUGCAAUUUGAAAUUGUAAACAUCUGUGACCUCAAACUCUGUUGAGCAUUUGAAUGUCUUUAUAACUGUGUUACAUUGUCUUUUACAAAUGCAAGUUUUUUAUUCUGAACGUAUAAAUAUUUGCAAAUAUAGUAUUAAUAUGGAGGUCUGUGCUUCCACUACGGUGCAGUAACUGUGGAGUUUCUCUAUCUGGCUCCCCAA